UACUUAUUCUUCAAUGACGGCUUCUAUUUAUUUAUAAGUUACUCCGAGUAGCAAUUACUUCAAAGCUAUACUUUUUACUGAGCUAAGCUCCAGCUAAGCAAAACUUGGCCAACUUCUGUCAUUCGUCAUGUUGCUGUACACCAAGGAACUUGUGGCUCCGCGGCCGAGACAAGGACUUCUCCGCUUCAGGAACAAGCCACCUGGCAUUAAGUUCCGGGAAAGACUGCGCUGCUCCUUCGCAAAAUCCACCAUCCCCGGGAUGCAGCACGUCUUUGGAGAGCGACAUCUCUGGCAGCGCUGCCUGUGGCUCACCAUCGUCCUGGGAGCGGUGAUCACCGGAUUCAGUCUGUACACCGUGCUGAGGCAUCGCCACAGCGAGCAGCUCCUGGUCAGCCUGAUAGAGACCACCCAGUUGCCAGUGUACCACAUCGACUUUCCAGCUGUGGCCGUUUGCCCGUGGAGUCAUUUCAACUGGCAGCGGGCUUCGUCCGCAUUGCACCGCUUUUUGCCACGACAUCCGGAUGCCGAGCUGCGGGAAACAUUUCGGCAACUACUCGCAAGUCUGAAUAUUAUGAACUUCUUUAACUUUAACAGGAUUGGGAUUCUUGCCAAUCGAAAUCUGACAGGGAUAAGCUAUCUCAAACUGACGGACGUGAUGAACUAUAUGACCUAUCGUUGCGAUGAGCUCUUUGUCGCCGAUUCCUGUGUCUUUGAUGAGACGCCCUACGAUUGCUGCCAGCUUUUUGUGCGUGAGCAGACGGUGAAUGGCCAGUGCUUGGUCUUCAACUCCAUGAUUUCGGAACACUCCCAGAAAAAACACCUGACCAACAAGUUUUAUCCCUACAAGCUGAGCACUGCCGGCGAGGAAUCGGGACUAAAGUUCACGAUCAAUGCGAGCUUCUCCUUUAUGUACAACAAUAGCACUCAUAUUCCAUUUGGAAUGAAUCUUAUGAUCAAGGAGCCACGUCAGUGGUCGAAUGAAAUAAUUUACCACCUGUAUGCGGAUACGGAAAACUUCGUUGCUGUGCAUCCGUUGGUCAUGGAAACCUCGCCAAAUACUUAUAAAAUGAGUCCCAGCAGAAGACGUUGCUACUUUGAUAACGAAAGGAACCCUGGCUUCCAGAACACUUCGUUGACUUAUAAUCGGGAAAACUGCCUGGCGGUGUGCCUCCACUUGGUUGUACUAAAGAAAUGCCAGUGCUCCCUGCCAGCUGUUCUCCCUCCCAUUGAGGGAGUUCCGGAAUGCGGAAUUAAGGAUGCAAAAUGCUUGGGCUUUAAUUCCGAUAUAUUUACGUACGUGAAGGUCGGUGAGCAGGAGAAAUACAUUAACGACUCACGACAAGGACACUUCUGUGAUUGCCCAGAUAAUUGCAAUUCACGGCAAUACAAAAUGUCGCUUAAUGUGCGCAAAUUGGAUUACCCAAAAAACUCCACAGAACGAUUCAUAAAAGCCCAGGUUUAUUAUGGCCAACGCGUCAUGACCAAAAUCAUUACGAAACUCAAGUACACCAAUAUAGACUUACUGGCCAACUUUGGCGGCAUCAUAAGUCUCUAUAUUGGGGCCUCCGUAAUGAGUUUUAUAGAAUUUUCAUUUGUAGUGGGAAAACUUAUGUGGGUCUUCUUGAAAGAUGCGCGCUUGAAAUUAAAAGAGUAUACUAAGUAG